GUUUCUCAGUGGCCUGUGUUUUGAGAAAGGCAGAUAUUUCACCACGACAACCACGGCUAAAGGGUGAAGGAGUGGUGACUCUUGGUGCAGUGACUGCUUGGAAAUUUCACGAGUGGCAUGUGUAAGCACCACGGGCACAGCCCUCUCCAGGCAGAUAAAGGGGGUCUCUUAGUCUUGUUUCCUCAGUCAGACUGUGCCCCCACAAGGCGUGUGCUCCUCACAAGGACACGCGUUUCACUUUGGUGCGCGAAGCCAUCGCCGUUUCUCUGCGAUAUUGAACACUGAGCUGGGACAACUGUUCAAUAUAUAUUUUUUAAAAACGUUACUUUUGGCCUCUAAUAGCAAAUACAUUAAGUGAGAGAAGUCAUAAAUAACUUGGUCACUGUAUAUGUCAUUGGGAUGUAUUUGCUCAUGCCAACAGGUAUGUUUUAGAGAUAGUGGUUUAGCUAUCUAGUUCGUCGAUCGGCAGGACUGCAGCGUUACCUAUGCCCGGGGAAGUUAUCUGGAAGGUUGAAAAUGUUCAGCCCUGGGUCACGCACAGCUCAGAGCAGCGGGCAUCACAAUGCCCCCCGGUUGGGUCCCUCCGUCUUGGGCCAGCACGGCCGGUCCUCUGGCCUCGCGUGCAUGUCCACGGUGGCGGCAGGGGACUUCGCCUCUCGACACGCGGCGCCUCCAGAGGAGGGCGAGGAGGUGCAGGCGGUGAUGGAGAGAAUGGCCCUGGUCAAACUCGCUCGCCAUGCGGAUCAAACGCAGCAGGAGCUGGAGAAGAUGAGGACUCGAGUGGAUCGCACGAUGGAGGCCUUUGAAUUGGGGAACCGUGCUGUCAUGGAUUCUUUGAAAAGGGCAAAUAUGGAGUGUUUUGAGAAUUUGGAACAAUUAGAAUCAUUUCUGUCGAGUUCCGCGCAGAGGCAACAGCACCAGCAGGAUACGAUGGUGUUCAUCGUUGGCUAUCAGGAGAAGUGUGCCUGUCGCCAACAGCUGCUGUCCCAGCUCAGCGAGUUUUUUGAUCACAGUUCAAUACUUACUGAUGGAGAAUCGUCGAAGGAUCUGGACGUGGAUAUAAGUCACAGCACACAAAAGGUUCAAGAGGCUCUGGAGUCAACCAGGCAGGCAAUGGUGCACUUGGGGACGCUGCACAGUGCCCUCAUAUCGCUCACCAGCCACACGGGCAGUGCCAAGGAGAAAAAGAGGUACGGUGCAUUGCACAGCCACACAGGACGUUGACGGUGCCCUACGAAGUGAAUGGUACUCGGCGGUUAUUGGCCAGAUUACAGAUGGGGGAUCCGUGACUCAGAACUGAACCAGCUGUCGGUGUGAUACUGUGUAUAAUAGAGGUUCCAUCGUCAGCACAAUCAGCGUGACGUUAUAGGUGUCUCUUUGCAGUGGCCGAGGAGGUGUUAUCUCCCUCGUCUGGCAUGAGAUUGAUUCUGACCCUGACGAUGCCUGUUGUAUAUUUGGGGUUUGCAUGUUCUCUCUUUCCCCCGUG